ACCUGCAUCGCUCUACCCAUUCAUAAUUCCAUCACAAACAACAAAAUAAAUUUGAUUACAUUGCAAACUAGACAAUGUUUAAUAUUUAUAAACAUAAUAACACAAAUUUUUAAGUGAUCAUGCCAAAUACUUUUGAAGAUUGCAGCGGUUACCUUCCUGAUGCCGAAUGGCAAUUUUGGUGUAGACUCUGUGCUAAGGAGGAUGUACGAAAUAUCAAUAUAUACCCAGAACAAAACAAAACUGAAUUGGCCACAAAUUCCACUCUGAUAGACUUUAUAGCGGAGUUUUUUAAAGUUAAUAUACGACAGAACGAAGAUUUACCACACUGGCUUUGUGCACAAUGCUUUACAUCGGUUUCGGCCUUGUCCAAAUUCACAAAUCAAGUGAACAGAGUACAAAGUAUGUACAAUGAAAUACAAAGUUCUGGACACAGAAAAGCGGAAGAUUUCCGGGUUAUCCGAGAAAAAUAUAACUUAUUUGGGUAUGAGUUAUUUAUGUUUGAUAUAUCGGAUACCAAACCAUCUAUUGAAAAUAUUUUUGUUGCUGAUGCACCAGAAAUAAUUGAACAUAAAUCAUUGGAUAGUAUUGUAAAACUUGAAGUAAUAACGGAUGAAUUACAGAGCGGCAUCUUCCUUAAUGAAAGCGAAUAUAAUAGUGAAUUCCAAGAUCCCAUUGGCGCAGUUGAGAAUCAUACUAACGUAGUAGAUAGUAGUGAAUUCCCAAGUAAUAACAUAAAAGACAAUAAAUCAGAAGUAACUAGCAAAGUAUAUAGCAAAAUCCAUCGACUGGAAAAGCGUAAAAGUUCUUCGGAUGAGGAAUCGAAUGUAAACAAACACUUUUGUAACGAUUGCGCAUUACAUUUCAAAAGCAGGAACUAUUAUCUUAUACAUAUGAGAAAAAAACAUGGUGUUGAAACACCACCUAAUAUCAUUUCUUGUCCACAAUGUUCCAGAACUUUUAAAUCUAGUUUCAAUUUAAAACGACAUAUAUUGAUACAUCGACCUGUAGCAGAGAAGAAAAUAUAUCCAUGUCCACAAUGUGAUCGAAAAUUCCAAACUAAGGAAUGUGUUUUGCGACAUAUAAAGUUUGUACAUGAAGAUAUACGUUCCUUCAUUUGCGAAGAGUGUGGUGAGUGCACACGCACGGAAGCUACGCUACGGGAACACAUGCUUAUACAUACCGACUAUGCACCCUUUGAAUGCGAAAUUUGCAAGAAAGGAUUCAAAAAUCGAGCACGUUUGAAGAGGCAUAUGGAGAUGCACAGCGAUCAUAAACAUAUAUGCAGCGAAUGUGGUUUAGAAUUGAAUUCGCGUGUAACCUUGAAUCGUCAUAUGCUUGUGCAUUCUGAUGAGAUGCGUCAUAAGUGCGAUUAUUGUGGGCGCGAAUUCAAACGAGCGAAAACUUUAAAAACUCACUUAUUACUUCAUAGCGGCUUAAAACCAUAUACAUGUGACUUCUGUGACAAAACGUUUGCCAAUGGCUCAAAUUGUCGUACUCAUAAAAAAAAGUCGCAUCCCGAAGAAUUGGCGGCCUUAGAGGCUUCCGGAGAAAAAAAAUUCACCGAAAAUAUCCCUAAAUUAGCGGUUUUAAAGACGGUUACACGCACAGCUGAAAAUCUACUUCCUGUGGUAACCAAACAAAGUGGGAAUUUUUCUUUCGGCAAGAAACCGAAACCCCCAGCUAGUUGUAAAGAUGAAACACAACAAUAUAUAGAUAAUAAAAUAUAAGUAUAUGUAAUAACGAAAUCCCUUUGA